GACGAUUUAAGCAUGAGCCAAGUCUUAACGCAUGUGCCAUGCGGGGAAGAGUCCUUGCACCGUUAAUUUGGCGUUUAAGCUGUUCGCAAGCUAUGCCGAAAGACAAAAGUGGCGCGAAGCAAGCAAGUAAAACUGGAAAGUCCACUGAGGGUACCAAAGGAGCCGAGCAAACAGCUGGUGCCGUUUACACUACGAACACUGGAACCGUUGCUAUUCGAGUGCGUGCAAAGCCUGGAGCGAGUGGGAGUAGAAUCACAGGCGAGUUCUCAAUACAGUCGUGUGUGUGUCAGAUCACACUUUGCGCUGACGUUGUUGCAGAUAUCACCGAGGACUCUGUAGGCGUUCAGAUCGCUGCACCUCCAGUCGAUGGAGAAGCAAACACGGAGCUGAUUCGCUUUUUGUCAAAACUCCUGAAUCUCCGGAAAAGUGAUUUGUCACUUGAAAAGGGUGCUCGCUCCAAAGACAAAGUUGUGAUGAUCACAUCGCAAGUAAGCGCACCUGAUGUGCUUUGUUUGCUCAAAAAACAAAUAGACUCUUGAUAUUAAAGCCGAAGUUUUGAAGUG